AUUUCAGACUGUACCAUUCACAAUUUCACACCCAGUGCAAAAGUGAGUUGUAAACCCACAUCAGACAUGCAGGAGAUUGUCCAUCGCAGUUCUCCAAAUGACAUUUAAUGUUAAUAAUAUUAGCUAUGUAUUAAGCACGUGUUAAAGAUUACAAUCUGCCCCCCCCCCUGCCCGGUCACUGAAGGUUUCUCUCGGUUCUGUUGCACAGCCGACUGCUUAUGCUGCUGCUGCCGUCGUUAGCCGAGUAUUGAGCUACCAGCUGACCUACUUUCCUCUGUUCUCAGCCACUCAGUCCUGUUUACAAGCCACUGCCAGCGGAGGAUGUGGAGUACAGUGCCUGGAAAAAUAGACGGACACAGCCCACCGAGACCACGAAUGGGGGAUCUGGCCGUGUGUUGUUGAUACAUUGGGACUGUCAAAGCCGCAGACAAGCUCACCGGUGAUUCGUAACAGCACGUUAAUAACUUAGGCGUUGUUAUACAAUUUAACGCUUUCCGCGCUCUCGCCUGGUCCGUCAGACGCUGGGAGCUGCUGCGAUCAGCUGCUAUGUUGUAGUUUUUUAAUUCUCUUCCUUCAAGAAAAUGACUGGAUCGGCUGAAGUUACAUGUGGAUUUUUGUUUCUGCUGGAGAGCCGCUUUCAAGGACUUGGCGUUUCUUUGGUGGACUGGAGGCAGUGGUGGGUAGCUGGUCCGUGGUAGGAUUUUCCACAAGAGUGUUCAGACAAGGUCAGCGCGGAUGGGACUUAUAAGACUUCAGAAAGGGCCUGGUUGGGAAAGGGUGUGAGAAUGGACAACCUUUCUGACUUUGGUGUCCCUUGCUCAUCCGCCCACAGGGAAUGGGACACCAACAGCUGCGUGGACGAUUUAAUGGAUGAUGACGAGAAAGACAGGGCAAAAAGGGCAUCCCGUAACAAAUCGGAAAAGAAAAGAAGAGACCAAUUCAAUGUGCUCAUCAAGGAGCUAUGCACUAUGCUGCAGGGCCAAGGCCAUCCACGCAAGAUGGACAAGUCCACCAUACUGCAGAGAACUAUUGAUUUCUUGCAGAAACAGAAAGACAUCACUGCACAGAAUGAAACCUGCGAUGUGAGACAGGACUGGAAGCCUUCGUUCCUCAGUAAUGAGGAGUUCACUCAGCUAAUGCUGGAGGCCCUAGAUGGUUUCUUGGUAGCAUUAACUACAGAUGGAAACAUCAUAUACGUAUCUGACAGUGUGUCUUCACUUACUGGCCAUUUACCGUCAGAUAUGGUGGACCAAAAUAUCUUGAAUUUCCUCCCGGAGCGGGAACAUGGGGAGGUGUAUAAGCUGCUAUCAUCCCACAUGCUGAUGACUGACCCCAUUGCUGCUGACUUCCUUGACAGUGAGGCACAUAUUGAAUUUUGCUGUCAUCUAGCCAGAGGUAACAUUGACCCCAAAGAGCCACCUGUGUACGAGUAUGUCAAGUUUGUUGGAGAUUUCAAGUUUCAUAACAAUGUGCCUAGAUCUUGUAACGGACUUGAGUUGACGCUACCAAGAAGCCUACAGUCAGCAUUGGAGGAGCAGGUCUGCCUCAUCGCUACUGUACGAUUAGUCACUCCACAGUUUCUCAAGGAUUUGUGUAAUGUGGAAGAUCCUUGUGAUGAGUUCACUUCCAGACACAGCCUUGAAUGGAAGUUUCUGUUUUUAGAUCACAGAGCUUCACCAAUCAUCGGCUAUUUACCCUUUGAGGUUCUUGGAACGUCCGGCUAUGAUUACUAUCAUGUAGAUGACUUGGAGCUUAUAGCUCAGUGUCACAAUCAGUUAAUGCAGUUUGGAAAAGGUAAAUCGUGUUACUAUCGCUUCCUGACCAAAGGGCAGCAGUGGAUUUGGUUGCAGACUCACUACUACAUCACUUACCACCAGUGGAACUCCAAGCCUGAGUUCAUUGUCUGCACUCACACUGUUGUCAGUUAUGCUGAAGUGCGAGCUGAAAGGAGGAGAGCAUUUGGCCUUGAAGAGCUCUCUCCACCUGAGAUAGCUCCCUCCUCUGUGAAGGCUCAGGAGCUGUACUUGGACAUCUGCUCCACACUGGACCCUACACGGGACAAAAACAGUGGUGCACGUUCGGUAUCCUCCCACAGCUCCCGGAAGUCCUCCCACACAGCGCUGUCAGACUCUGCAUCUAACUCCUACACAGAGGCCUGCACACCAUCGUGGCAGUCUGCUUCCAUUGGGACGGAGAAGACUUCUGCCAGACUCCAGCCUAGUAGUUCAAAGAAUUUGGCACAAAGACAAAAUUCCUUUGAUCUCGCACCCCAAAUGAGCCUCCCCCUUUCUCCUACCUGCAGCAAGCACUCCGCAAUGCAACAGCAAGCACAGCAGCAGCCUCAUCCGCAGUCGCCCAUGUAUCCGCUGCCGCAGCCUCAGCUCGGAGUGAUGAACCAGCUGAAGGAGCAGCUGGAGGAGAGGACCCGAAUUCUGCAGGCUGACAUUAAGACACAGCAGCAAGAGUUGCAUGACAUUAAGGAAAAGCUUCAGUUGGCUAACCUCCAGAUGCUGUUACAGCAGCCUAUCCACGAUGACUUUGGCCAGGCCCAGCAGCAGCCUCAGCAGCAGGGCCUGGGCAGGCCGGCCCAGCAGAGCCAGUCAGGGGUGAUCAGGCAGCACACAGGCCACCCAAAACCACCAGCCUGCGGGGCCCACAGCUCGUCCCCUCACUCACUCCUGAGAGAGAACAGCUCACCCUCGACACAGGUCCAGCAGAGAAGUGCGCGGGGCGGCCAAGUGCAGGCAGUGAGUCUGCCCGUGCAGACGAACACGAGUCUGACGAUGCCCUUCUACAGCAACCCCAUGAUGUUCUCGCAGAGUAACACGCGGCCUCUGCAGGACGCAAACCAAAGACACACAGAAAACGAUUUCAACCAAGAUGGACAACUACGCAUGCUUCUCAACCAACCAAUGCAGACGCUGGUUCCCACUAGCAGUGUCACCUCACAGCCUUCCCAGUGCAACAUGGGCAUCUCCCAAACCAUAUACACCUUGGAGCAGCAGAUCAUCGCCCCGUCGUUCUCCAUGCAACAGGUCAACUGCAACGCUGUCCUUGUGCCCUCCCCGGUCUUCACGUCACCCAUCAUGUUCCCACACAACAGUUUCAUCCCACCCCAGUCUCAGUCAACCUACAACACUCAGCCUCAGGCCUCCCAGCACUCCCUUCAGCUACAACAGCCCCAGCAGUUCUUUCAGAUGACUCAAGGACUUGUACAUGGCGGUUCUACUCCAGCAUUCUUACACGCCACUAACGUUCCACAGCAAAGCACUGUGGGAUACAUCCAGCAGCAGCCGCAAGCACAGCAGCAGCAGCAGCAAAGGCAGUACCAACAUUCCCAAAACCAGACAGGCAGUGUUUCAGACUUCCGAAAUAUGCUGACCCGGUAGCGCUGUGGACUCUGUCAUAGCGCUGAGGUCUCCCUCUGUGUCGUCGCCAUGUUGGCAGCAGCACGCUGUGGCGUUGGAAGUCAAACUUGACGUCAUGUUCUGCAAGAGAAAUGCUGGAAAGUGGAAAAUCGCUGGUAGUGACCCUUUUGAUGUGAAGCUGCCUGUUCAGAGGAAGGAGUGGAGCGAUAAAAACCACAAGCAGAAGCUGCACUGACCUGACGUCAGUCCCGGCCGUCAGCCUGAGGGGCUGAGCCCACUUCACGCUCAGUCGUCAGUCAGUGACGCUGCUGGAACAAGUGGAUUAUCAAAGCUCUCAAGAAGACACAAUUUUCACAUGUUUACAUGUGGACGUUUUCAUCUAACACAAGAGAGUUCCCUUCUUAGUGUCUGUUUGCACUUUGUACCACCACCCCCCUGAAGUAGAAUAUUUAUUUUUGCCCAUGAAUUAAUAUUCAAUUUUUCUCUCUAAUAAUGGCUUAUCAGUGAGAUUAGUUUUCAAACCUAAAGCUUGACGCCCCCUCCCCAGCCACCUAAUAUCCCCCCUGGUCAGAUCUUUAGCUCCAAUGAAAAUGCUUCAUCUCAUGAGGGAAUGACAUCAGUGUGUUUCAGGUGGCAGACAUGAGGUGUCGCUCCCAUUUUGUCCCACCAAGCAAAGAUUUAUUUGCAGGAAUGUUUGUGGCAAGUUGCUUGAGAGGAGCUUUACAGCUUUAUGAUUGUGGCACAUGCAGUAGUGAGAUGACGAUCAUAUCUAACAUAAGGUGUAAUCAGAUGUAACAUGCUACUACACUGGGAAACUGGGGGGAGGGGAGAUCCUCCACUAACUAGAAAGGUCUAUCUAGAUUUUUAAAGCCUCAAUCUGGGACUGACGAUGGAGUGUUACGACUAUCACACCUCUUCUCACAGAGAUUAACGGCAAAACUCGGAAGUCCUGAUGCUUCUGAUGAGCUCUGCAGCACGACACUUCAAGUGAAAAACAAGCUACCAGAGGGGGGGGGGGGAUAAUGUGUGCCUUUUAACCGUGGUGCGUCCGUGGUCAGUUUGAUAGUUUUGUCUGAUUACGGCUUUAAAAAUCCAGCUCAGGUCCAUUUGGAAUACAAAGUUAUAUUUUCAUAGGUCAUAAUUUAUUAUUUUCCGCAUCAGAUUAAAACAAAGGACAUCUAGAUUUGUAUUGGAUAUAUUACAAAUAUAUAUUGGCUGCUUUUUGCAGCCGUGAACAUCUGAAUUUCCCAAAUCUUUCUUUAAAGAUGGUAUCUAAUAAGAUUCAUUUAACUAUUUACUGAAACCCUAAUGAAAUGAUUUCAUGUUUUAUUUAUUACAGAUAUAUUAGAAAAAAAUAUAUCAGAUAAGAAACUAGUUUUAUAUAGAUUUUAUGUUCCUACAGACAUUAAAAGGUCAACACUGGUCUUAAUGUCUCACCCCAUCAUGCUCUUAUGAGAAGAGUGCACCGCCUCUGAUCUGUGUGUUUUCCACGAGCAUCUCCGAAACAGUGAGAAGAGAUUUUCUGUUGCCCUGUUUGUUUAAGUCUGGUCAUUUGAUCGCAUCAGUUCAAACGAAUGAAAUCAUGACAUUUCGCUGAGCAGCUGGGCUCAUUGACAAGUGAAUAACACACUGCUUCCUGUUAUGAUUGUGAUCUCAUUGGGAACAAAGAGCAGAUAAUUCAUUUACCUUGGAAACAUGGCCACCUUCAAUGUGCUUCUUUGUGAAAUAUAAUACAACAAAAACACUAAAUUUGUCUUUAUGUUGAAUUAUCAAACGUUGGUCUUUCAUAUGUCUGAGAGAGAUUUGCGGAGUCUGUUCUGUCUCUAUGUCAAGAUCUCGUUCCUUACACACUGUGUGCUGGUUUUAACUGUGUGUGUGUGAGACAAUCUCCUGAGUUGUUAGUAACAUAAAGGUUGAUGCGCUGAGAUGACAGUUGUAACAGACGGAGGUCAGGAGGGGUUCGGUGGAGCCAGAUUUGCAGUUGAACGAUGUCAAGGAAGAAAACGUACGUGCCUCUCUUUCUGUAAUGACAAUCACACACUACUUGUAACAUUUUACUGUGCAGGACCUGUCUGUGUCAGAGUCUGACCUUAUGAUUAUUUAUAUCCAUCUUCUACCUUUUAAAUUUGUGUUACAUUUUAGUUCCCUACAGGUGCAUAUUGCAUUCACUUGAGAAAAAAAUUCCUGCUCUUUUUUUUUAAAUUUACAAGAUCAUUUUCUGUUGUCAUGACAAAAAACAAUCUGCUCUGUUUUUAGGAAAUUAACGAGAGCUGAUUUGUUUUUCUUGUGAAAACUGGGGCAGACUGUUUUCCCGUGAAAACUAAAUUCAGUAAAAUAGCAAAAAAAAUUCUCAUGAAAGUAGAAAAUUAUGUUGUCAAUUCAGAAAAUGUUAAAUGCAAUAUGCUUCCGUAGUUCUCGGAUAGUUUUAGCAGACACACUUGAUUCAAAUUGGCCCCAUUCAAGACCGACGCUGUUCACAUUGGACGAUAAGACUCAAAUGUCAUAAUACUCUGUGUGUAUGUUUAGUGCAGUUUCACACUUCCUAUGUGCAAUGUCAUUUUGAAAAGAAAAAGAAUGUUAAUUUAUACUGUUUUAAAUGUUUCAGAACAGAUGUACGAUGUAUAUAGAAGUGUAUAAUAAGCCAUUGUACCAUGUAAAUUAUAUGGAAAUAUUUUUUUAAUGAAAUUGAAACAUUCCUUCAGCAGUCGAUAUAAGCGGUAUCUUUAUUUAAAAAGGUACAGCGUGUGUCCACUGAAGGCUACGAUCACAAUGAUUACACAGGACUUGGUCUGCAUGGGAUUGUGCCGCAGUGUUGGCUUCAGAAACAUCACGGAAAAUGAAAACCAAUGGAGAGAAAAAAGAAAUAAAAUUCAGAAUCUUAAUCUUUACGUCCUCAUCAAGCAGAAUUUCAGACACUUUUAGAGCAGCAACAGCUGUGUGGUGAUAAAAAACAGCUGCGUCUUUAAAAAGGGUAAUUCAGCCAUGAGUGACUGAAGUCAUUUCUGCUUUCAGUUAAAUUGGUUUCAGUCUUUUUCAAGAUAAAGUGCAAUUGUAAACAGUCAUGAAAAUAUAUUUUAGAUGGGAUGUGUCAGUCUCUCUACAUAAGUCUCCAAACUUUCUCAUGUUUGAAUACAGAAACAAUAAAGUGACGACCCGUAGCCAGCGACUAAGAGGUGCCAUAGACGACUAUAAUUCUGUUUUCAUUCAUUAUUUCAAGAUAUUUAUCAACCUUUCGGGAAGUGCAAGUAAAGAUUUCUCCUUGAGGUUGUUUUCCAUAGUCACACACCAGAUCCAAUUUUCAGUCCACGUCUGUAUAACUAUAUAUUUGUUUAUUUUGCCUUGCUAAGGUGGGCGACUUCAGUUCUACUCAUUAAACACAGUGCAUUGUGCUCCAGCUGUGGGUUAAAUUAUUUUUGCUUUGGACAAAUCACCAGAAUGAUGGAUGGGCUUUUAUUUUUUUGGUGUGAAUUGUAAAUAAUCCCUCUGCUCUGUAAGGACAGUUUUUCUUUGAGUUAAACUCUCUCCACAUCUGUAGCUGCUGCACCUUUUUAUUUUAUGUUUCUUUCCUCAAACUGUCAGCUUUUCUUCUUCAUGGGCUUUUCAUCGAGUCUCUAUGCCCUUCGAGGGCAUGUGGUUUUUAAGUCACAUUUAAACUUGUACUUUUUUCUGAUUUGUAAAACGGUGACUGACGCCACGAGUGUGAGCCGUGACGUCAGAUCAGCGCUCUCUGUGUGAGAUUUGCCAGGACAUGAACAAAACACACCUGGUACACAGCCAUUUCUGUUGUUUCCGUGCAGAAACAAACAUUGAAUAUAUUGUAUAAUAGAAUGUAAAAAAAAGUUUAGACUACAUAGUUGUUUAUUUUAUAUGUCUAAUAGAUUACAUAUGUAUGUUACAUGAUUUUAAAAAUUAAAGUAAUUUUGUAACAGAUAAUGAAGUGUCUUAUUAGAGGAGGUGAGGCUUUUUUGCGAGUUCGAGUUGGUGUUGCACAGUCACUUGUACGGCUUGUUUUCUUUCUGUAUUUACCAACAAAAUAAGCUUUAAAAAUAUUGUUAAUAUUGUUUUAAAAGAAAUUAACAAAUUAAGUUUACAUUCUAAAAUAUAUUGAUAUUAUGCUAUAUUGAAUUAUUUAUAAAUCAACCUGGAUAUUGUGAAAUAUUUGAAAAUAAAUAUUUUAAACAUAUGUAUUGUUAUUCUGAGCAAACUGUUUACAAAGCAAAUGAUUCAUGUACAAGUGUGUUUCUCAGCUGUGUGUUCUGAAUGCAGGAAUAUUUUCACUGAAGAAACGUGAAUCAAUCUAUGAAAAAUGAUACCAGCACUUGUAAUUUUCAACACUUCUCAGAGGAUUAUAUAUUGUUUCAUUAAAGAAUUUGUUAAGUUAUUUAGACCUUAAUUACUGGCUACCAAAAAAAUCAAAUUAUUAUUUUCCUGAAUAAACAAAUCACAAAAUGUUUGAGACAAAGACAUCACAUCCAAAACUCCCGUUACAGAAUUUAUUUACCGGUGACGUUUCGAGCAACAAGGCUUUUCCUCAGACUUCUGAUAAAGAACAGAGUCGCCAUCUUAAGUACCCACAAUCCAUUUAUUACAAAUCACAAGAUGUAUCAUCAAUAUGGAAUAUAAAAUACAGAAUAUGUACAUAUAGUAGAUAUCAUAAUGACACAUAGAAACAUAGUCCAUAUGAACUGGCAUACAAAGGGAAAACCAACAGAUCUAUAAAAACUUGUAUUGCACAACAACGUAGUAACGUGAGUAUUGAGACUUUAAAAAAUACCACACAGAGGUUGAGUUAUUAACUCUGCAAUUAAAAUGUGAACUUUUUUGGAUUUUUCUCUCAAAAGGUUUAAAUAAAGACUUUCAUAUUAGACCAUU